ACCGAGUAAUGUACAACAAGUACCUAAACAAUUGAGUACAAUCAUUUAGUAACUUUCCAGAUGGACCUUCUCGUAGUGAGAUUGCUCCAGAUAUAAUACAUUUGUUGUGGAUGUUCCGGAGCUUCUUCUGGGGCGCCGCUGCUCUCUACCGCAAUUAAAGGAGGAGGAGAAGAAGAAAAAAAGAACAAGAAGAAGAAGACAGCCGCUGUUAGCUAGCUGGUCGAGCUAUGUUUACUUUUAUGUCCGUGAAACAAUUGAAAGUAACUUCACGCUUUGUUCUUUAAAUACGUAUUUUAUCGAAACGCUAAUGUCGUACUUCUCUCCGCACUAAGUGGCUAACCUGCAACAAAAAAAAGGAAGCAAUGAACUUCCAGGGCAGUCGUAGGCGAGGAGAGGAUGGCAUCGCCAUGGUGAUUGAUUUCCUGCUGUCUAAUGCCCAGCUGGUUCUGGGAGUCGGUGGCGCUGCCGUGCUCGGAAUCGCUACACUGGCAGUGAAACGGCUGAUAGAGCGCGCGGGCCGUGCAGCCGAUGAUGAAAAAGAGAAGCAGAAGAUGGCUGAGAGCUGGGAGGAGUUGAGUUUGGUCUCUGCUUCCCCGACACUGAUCAAGAAGGGCAUCGAGGGCGUGGUGAUGAAACACAUUGCCAAGGCAACCAGACAGCAGAAAGCUGAGCUUUCACAACAACCUCAGACGCCCUCUCCGGAGGUGUCAUCUAAACCCGAGUCAAAGUCCAAGAGACUCCAGGUGUGCGUCCGCAGUCUGCAGGAGCGACUGCAGCUGUUCCAUCACACGAGGGCGGCACUCGCUCCAGCCGAGGUCCGCAGGGCUCAGUCUCUAGCUGUGGACAUCUGCAGUGAGAUCCAGGGCUUUCUGCACAGCCGUCUUCCUGACAUGCCCCUGGGAGAAAUGAGCCUUGGAGGAUCUCUACUGGAUGACCUGCAGGUGGUCAGUGCGGACCACGCAUGUCUGCUGGUGCCUCUGCAGCUGGAAGCCUCUCUGUGGCGCCUCAUCCCGGGAGAGGAGACGCUGCUCACACACCCGCUACACUGGAUGGUCCGACGGGUCAAUCUGGAAUAUUUCCCCAAAGGACUCAGCUACUGGGACAGGUACCUGGUGGGUAGUUACCUGUCUGCAGAAGCGGUUGUGAACAUGUUCAGCAAAGCCGUGAUGGAAACCAUAAACUGGCCGUCCAUCAGCAGCACUAUGGACUGUCUCGUCAGACCUGUACUGGGAGGACCAGACCUGAGACUGGAGAUUCGGCCUGGAAAUGAAGACGGGACGGAGAGCGGCGACCAGCCCCUGUUCAUCUCCAUGCUGCCUGUGCUGAGGGAGGAGGACGUGGUUCUGACUGCCCAGCCGGAGCUCACCUCUCCCUGGGUCAACGCCUGGCACCUGUCUCUCUACCCGUGGGAGAAUCAGCGGCUGACGCAGCUCGACGCCACCGACGACGGACGCCGCAGGCACACGCUCAAAACCCUCAAGGCGGUGUGCAGACUGAACCCUUCCCUGCGGCCGCUCGGAGCCGCCCCGCUGGCCAAUCUCGUCCUGCACCUCAGUGACAGUGAAAGCGACUGGUCCGAGAUCAGCCUGGAUGUGAGAUUCCAGCAGUGCAUCACAGAGCUGAUUGGCUACCUGGAACGAGGGGCGUUGCACAGCUACUUCAAGCCAGCUGUCAAUCUGCUGAGCGGCUUGUCAGAGGACCAGGUGGACCAGAUGGGUUUCAUGCUGUACUGCGCUGUGUCAGAGCCUGAAAUACUGCUUAUAUAACUUGUCUGAACACACACACACACACACACACACACAGAUCAAAUGAGUCACCUUUUAUCGGUCAAAGCUAAGACGUCAUGAUCUUCCGACUGCGUACUCCCGUUCUUUAGCUCCUCCGUCCUGCUUUGAUGCAGGAAUACCGUUUGAAUUACAAAACGGCAGCAUGCGCCACACUGGAGGAGGAGCGAUGGCGGGCUAAAGGAACCUCUCCAGGAGGGAUGGAGACGUGUUCGUCAACAUGUUUGACACGAUGCUUCAGGACGUGCCUGAUCAGAAAACCACAGCCACCAAAGUCUGCAUUUAAGUUUGAAUGAUUUUUGUUUUCUCACAGGGAGUCGGUGACGGUCAGCGUGGCCACAUGCAGUUCAUACAGUUCACGUACGAAUUAAAGGAGAGGACAGUUUAUGUCCUCUAACUGAUGGCGUGUGCUCUGCAUCAUUUUCCUGAAGCUCCUUUUUAAUAUAAUGUAACUAUGCAGGAAAUGAACGACCUGCCUAAUACCAACCGGUUUUAAUGCACUUAUAAAAACUAUUUAGUUUGUCUAACUUAUUUAACGCAAAUGGUCUAUUUUAUCAUACUGAAGGUUAAGGUGUGCAGUAUUUUUGUCUGGUUUGGUGUUCAGUCUGUUGCCAAUUGUAUGUGGGUUAACUAACCCUUUAAAUUAUGAUUAAAGUUGCCUCCAAAAUUGUAUGCAGUUGCUUUUUAAAUACCGUAUGAAUGUUGUGACCGUUUCUCGAGUUGUGAGUUCUUGCUGAAUAAAGGAAAAUGUAUUUUGUGCGAUUGAACAGUUUAACUGCAAAUACAAAUUAAAGCAUUUGUUUAGAUUCUUG